UCUUGACAAGUGUCCUCCGUAUCGUCCUUCAUGGAUACGUCAACCAUUGACCUUGUCCUAGCUGAUAUUCAGGUGGUCAAUUAUGUGAAUGCUGCCGCAUUCGCUUGGCUGGCUUAUGAUAUCCUGCUCACCUUAGGCGACGAGGUACAAACGGUGUGGAAUUCGAGAUGGACCUUGGCCAAAGUCUUGUACCUACUCUUGAGGUACCUUAUAGCCAUCACACUAAUGGUGAACCUUGUAGUGGACACAAGAACAGACUUGACGGAGAAGGUCUGCACCCAGUGGAUGCGGUUCUACGCAUUUGACACCGUAUCCAUCGCAUCCUGGCUAGGUGGUGCCCUCCUGAGCGUCAGAAUAUGGGCUUUAUACGGCUGCAGUCGCAAGAUCCUCUUCGUAGUGUGCUUCUUGUAUCUCGUGGAAACCGCCGCCGGUAUAAUAACCGCUUCCAUCACGCUCGCGUCUGAACACUCGACCCCGCGGCUCCCCGGCGUCCCCGUGCACGGCUGCUUCCUAUCCUUGACGCCGCCAAAGAAGGACAGCCUGGUCAUCAUCGGCUGGACCUUCCACGUCGGUGUCAAUGCGAUAUUCUUUGCACUUACGAUGUACAAGUUCAUGCGGACGGUCGGGGCGCAGGGAUUCAGCAUCUUCGAAGCGCAGACAGUCGCGCCCCUAUUUCAGCUGUUCAUCUACGAUGGAGCGUUUUAUUUCCUCGUCAUCCUAGCAAGUUCCUUGUAUAACUUGGUGAUCAUGCUUGCUCUCUGGAAUCGACCUACAGUGGUGGUAGGAGAAGCAUUGCUGGCCGCCACAUACGCAGUAACCUCCUCGCGCUUGAUGCUCCAUCUACGCGAGUACAUCGGAAGACACAACGCUGAGGUAUACACCGACGUCGAGCUGGAGACCCGCCCCUCUCGACCCGCCUUGGUUCUCGACACCACCAUCACGGUGCCGGAGGGGUACAACCGGGACUCGGACGUCAUAGACUCUGGCAUUUCUGGCAUCUCCAUGAGCCUCUCGCUGUCAGACAAACCUCUCGUUUGA